ACCAGACAGCAUACACCAACAUUCACGCUUAUCCAGACCAGAGAGUUAUUUAAAUAGAACAGCAUAAAUGCAUGACAUAAAUAAACACAAUUAAAUUCACAACGAAAAAGCAUUGUUUUCAAGUCUUUACGUCUGAAGCACAAGGCUCCAACUAUUUCACUGGAAUUUUGAGUACUCUUCAGGAUAAAUAAUAAAGUAUACAUUGUAUUUAUGCAAUAAGACCACAUAAUUGUGCUUCAUGCAUGAAAUUAAAAUGGAAAAAUAAAACUGAACUUGGGUUGGAUUGGAUUUAACUUCAGUGGAUUUAAAUCACCAAUCUCUGAGUGGGCUACAGACACUUUCAACGGCAAUAACAUAUACGAAUGUUAUGUGGACAAAACUCACACACAAUGAUCAGAGUGUACUGUACCAGUAUGAAUUUAGCCUGACAACAACGCUUAUUUAAUAUGGCAAGAAAUGAGAUGAAUAUCUAUUUAAAUCAAGCCUUCAUACCAGACACAAGCUCCUCUUCAGACACAUGUGAUGUAGCUGCAGGAAUCUGUGAAGUUUGUGAAGCGCCGCUGACUUAUGACUUAACACAAUAUUUUGAUGCAGGACUGAUGCCAAAUAAUCUACAGCAAUGUUAUCCCAUCAACAUCCAGGACAAAACUAUGUCCAGGCUCUCAUCCAGACGGAUUGUUCUUCUGGGUAAAACUGGUGUUGGGAAGAGUGCAGCUGGAAACACAAUACUGGGAGAGAAUGUGUUCAGAUCUCAGCUGAGUACAAAAUCAGUAACCAGUAAAUGUUCAGAAGCCACUGUUCCAAACACUGUUUCAGGCAGAUCUGUGUCUGUAGUUGAUACUCCUGGAUUCUUUGACACACAGAUGAAACCUGAUGAGUUAAUAACAGAGAUAGGCAGAAGUGUUUAUUUAUCCAGUCCAGGACCGCAUGCAUGUCUCAUUGUGUUUAGAGUAGGUGACAGAUUCACUGAGCAGGAGCAGAAGAUUCCUAAGGUGAUUGCUAAGUUGUUUGGUGAGGAGGUGUUAAAAUACUCCAUCAUUCUCUUCACUCGUGGAGAUGAGCUAAAAGACGUGACAGCAGAGGAGCUCAUUAAAGAGAAUGAAGGUUUACGAGAUGUAGUUGAUCAGUGUGGAGGCAGAUAUCAUGUCUUCAACAAUAACGGUAACAAUAACAGAGAGCAGGUGAAUGAUCUACUGCAAAAGAUUGAUACAAUGAUAGAGCAGAAUGGAGGAGGACACUACAGUAAUCAGAUGUUUGAAGAUGCUAAGAUAUUUAGACAAGAGGAAGAGAGGAAACAGAGCCAAGAGGAAGAAGAGAGGAGACAGAGCCAAGAGGUAGAAGAGAGGAAACAGAGCCAAGAGGAAGAAGAGAGGAGACAUAGGCAAGAGGUAGAAGAGAGGAAACAGAGCCAAGAGGAAGAAGAGAGGAGACAGAGGCAAGAGGUAAAAGAGAGGAAACAGAGCCAAGAGGAAGAAAGGAUAAAACCACAGAAAAAGACAGAGGAGAGAGUCAGAGCAGAGAAUGGAGGUCAGCCAGAACCAAACAGCGGUUUUCUGAUGUUUUUAUCCAAGUAUAAGAGUCAUAUUUAUAUGGCAGCCGUAGCAGCUGGUUUUGUAGUUGGUGGUGCAGUUGGAGGAGCUUUUGUUUAUGGAGUAGUUGGUGGGGCUGUUGGUGGGGCUGUUGGUGGAGGUGUAGUUGGAGGUGUAGUCGGUAAAACUAAAAGUGGAACUGUAACUGGAGCUGUUUGUGGAGCUGUUGGUGGAGCUGCUGUUGGUGCCGCUGUUAGUGGAGCUGUAGUUGGUGCAGCUGCUUCUGCCAGUGUUGGAGUUGCUGUUGCUAAUGCUGUUGGAGUUGUCAGUGGAGCUGCUGUUGGAGGAGCUGUUGGUGGAGUUUCUAGUGGAGAUGUUAAAGGAGUCGUUGCUGGAGCUCUUGCCGGAGCUGUUGUUGGUGGAGCUGCUGUUGGUGGAGCCGCUGUUGGUGCAGCUCUUACUGGCACUGUUGGUAAAGCUGCUGUUUGUGGAGCCAUUGCUGGAGGAGCUGUUGGCGGAGGUGUAGUUGGAGGUGUAGUCAGUGGAGCUACAAGUGGAACUUUAACUGGAGCUGUUUGUGGAGCUGCUGUUGGUGCCGCUGUUUGUGGAGCUGUAGUUGGUGCAGCUGCUUCUGCCAGUGUUGGAGUUGCUUAUGCUGUUGAAGUUGUCAGUGGAGCUGCUGUUGGAGGAGCUGUUAUUGGUGGAGCUACUGGUGAAGAUGUUAGAACCAGUGUUGUUGGUUUAGCUGUGGUUGGUCUAACAUGCAAGACCAAUGGAGUUAAAAUACAUCUAAACUGAGAAAAGUGAUUGCAUCAGUUCAUUUAUUUUAGUCACUAAAAACAUUAUCUCAAAAUAUAAAAUUGAACUAUAUACUCUAUUGGAAUUCUUUGUGUGCUGAUCUACCUGUUUUGAUGAAAUAAAACAUUAAAGGAAAGCUCCCUCUUGAGGUUAACUGUUAGCUAGCAAAAGCACAAGUGUUAGCAUAAAUAGAGUAGAACUUCAUCAGUACUGUUUACCGAAGUAAAAAUAAAUUAAAUAUAUUUAAAAUACCUUGGCUGAUAUCACACCUAGCCACAGGCUCUUCUGAAAUAAAAUACCAUAAAACACUAACCUAUCCCCCUCUCUCUGCUCAAAGACACAAAAUCCAUUAUUUUACAACAUUAGUAAAUAUUACUGAUAGGUUUUCUCAGUAGAGAUGCGAUGCUGGAUCUGCUAGAACUGGUGGAGCUGGUUCAGGCUUAGAGUUAAUAACUGAUUUAGUUAAUCAUUUUGCACUAAUACAUACAAAAUCUGAAAAUGCAAUGUAAUAUUGUUUGUGUUAUCUGAGGGUGUGGGUUUCUAUCAGGAGUGCAUGAAUGUUGUAUUUUCUUUUGUAAUUGAGAGCAGUGGUUCUCAAACUUUUCAGAUGAAGUUAUACCACCUUUAAUAAAAUUUGUUGUUCCAAGUACCACAUAAUGAUCGCCUUAGAAAAUAUGAAUACAUAAUUAAUAGUAGGUCUGUGAAUCUUCCCUUUCCUCAUGAUAAGAUACACCUCGUCCUUCAACUCUAAUGUAUUAUUAAUAAUGCAAACACUUUUUUAUUAACAAGCCAUUUUCAAACUAGAGAACUUGUUUUUCUCCUUUUUUUUCAAGUUAGUCUGCAAGUUAUAGUUGACACAAAACACUUUUCUAUAGUGCACUGUAAAGCAUUUGUGGGGACUUGCAGAAAGACUACAAACUUAUAUUAAAGACAGACAAUGAGGAAAGAAUAUUUAACACAGAAGAUACGUAUAAAUAAUAUAUGCAUAAAGAUGCAGAAAACAGCUGUAUAUAACAAACAGAUAUGUAGAGAUCAGAUAAUAAAUUUUACAGGUGUGUUAUUAUGAGGUGAGUUGAGUUCAAGGGCAGAAAUACAUAAGAAGCUUAAUUUACACUCAGCUCAUCGGAAGAGAGAGAGUGAGAUACUCACAAGCGUCUGUCAGCUCCCGCUUUGUGUUUGAGCUGCCUGUCACGCCUGAGUUACAUCAAACAGUGAUAAAUAAACAAAAAAUCUAUAUUAAAAUUGCACAUAGGCUUUAUGAGAUGUAUUCCGUAUUUAUCGAUCAUGUAACAUUUUAAAUUGUAUUUAAAACACAACAUUUAUACAUAGUUUUUAAUUUCCUGUAGUGUCACAUACCACUAGGGGUCUCUUCGAAAACCAGUUUGAGAACCAUUGAUUUAGAGCAGUGGUCUUAAACUCAGUUCCUGGAGGGCCGCAGCUCUGCACAGUCUAGCUCCAACCAAUUCCAACCCACACCUGUUUAGAGGUUUCUAGUAAUCCUAAAGACCUUGAUUAGAUGAAUCAGGUGUGUUUGAUUAGGGUUGGAGCUAAACUGUGCAGAGCUGCGGCCCUCCAUGAAUUGAGUUUGAGACCACUGAUUUAGAGGGUCUUCAAGAUCACAGGGUGUGAAAUUAUUUCACACUGUAAAAAAUCCAACUUGCUAAAUGUUCUCCCUACAAAGAUAAAUAAGAAACUUGAACAAACACAUUUUAGUUAAAGGAGUCAAAUUAUUGUUUUGCAUAUACUUUUGGCCAAAAUGCGUCAGAAAGUUUGCCCAACUUACAAAACAGUGAAUUCUGAAAAUACAAUAUUGCAAGAGUUUGUAAGUUCCCAAGAUGCAUUGAAGCAUGUUCAAUUCUGUGUUUCUUAUGUCUUUUUCUUUUAAAGAAAGAUUUUUAGUUCUUGCUGGCUUAAUUUUUGCUUUAAUAUUGUUGUUACUGUUAUCUGUUGUGUUUAGAGUUUUUUUUAAUGAAUGAUAGUUUUUGAUUGUUACCAUGGUUGAGAUUCGUGUGUUCAAUGUUGAGGUGUAAGUGCAUGAUUUCUAGUAUGAGAUAAAAAUGGAAAAGAAACCUGUUAAUGGACUUUGCUCUUAUUGUUUUACGUAAAAUAUGUAAUGCCAAAAUAAAACUUUACUAAAAUGUAUAUGUAAUAAAGCUCAAUAAACGGGAAGGAAGGAGGCGGGAACCGGCAAACAUUCAAACAUUUUAAUCAAAAAUAAAUAAA